CAUAAUGAUUCAUAAUAAUAAUUUGAAGGAGAAAAAAAAAGCAACAAUGGAGUAUCGUAGUUUGGGAGUCGAUUAAUGAUGUCUUGUUGGGUGGACAGGUGACUCCAUCCGACGUCAACACUCACUCAGGGCUCGAUUACAGCCCGUCGCAAGUUUGUGUUAAAAUGGCGGCGGAAACAGGCACACAGGUACAAGAUGCCAACUAAAGCGACUGAACUUGGUUACUUUCCCCGUUCGCCUUGUUCACCGGACACCGGGGAGCUGUUCCUCGUCGCGUGCGAGAGCGUUCAACCCCGUUUCGGUUCCGAUGAGGAAACGGCAAAAAAUAGACGACUAAAUAGCGAGCGGGUUCCGUUUCAAGUGUUUUUAUUUCUUAUUUGUUCCCCGUCGCCAAAUGACCUCGCGGUUGUGCACACCAAAGUGCGUUGAGGAGAAGCCGGCGAGGUGAUCGUGGUCGCCGCAUCACCAUGGAGCGCUCCAGCCCGCAGACGGCGGCCGGCCACCUGUAGCUUCGAGCGGCCACUAUGGCGAAUCCGACCCACUGUGACCGGGGCCGGACGGAGAGCUGCGGUGGUGUGUCCGGAGAAGCCAUUGUAGAGAACUGUCGUGGGGCGAGAGACUUGUCUGUCUCCAGCCGUCGCGACCUCUCCAAUCAACACAUCCCUGAUCCGAGCGCGGUUCACCAAUGUGAAUCUACACCGUGCCCCACCUCAACCUCUAUUUUCCACAGCGCCCCGCAGAAGCUCAGUCUCGACCUGGACAGCCACAGUGUGACUUCCCAGGACUCGGGCAUCCCGACCCUGGAGCUCAACCCUCCGGAUUUCACUGCAGGGGACUCUCCCGCUACUUUAACGUUAGAUGAUGACCCCUCCGACUGCAACGGCGUGCCCAAGUCCUCCAGCUUCCCACGCAGCGGCUUCGACUCCACCCGCUUCUUCAGCCCGGGCCUCAAAGUGUCCGGUGGCGCCGCGGGCCGCCGAGCCUUGAACCGCAGCGACGACGUCUCCGUGUGCAGCGUGUCCAGCAUGAGCACGGAGCUCUCGGCGUCCAACGAGGACAUCUUGGAUUUCACCGUCACCUCCGACUCGAGCGCCAUCGUCACCUUGGAGACGGACGACGGCUGCACGGCUCCCUUCUCUGACGUCGCGCUGGCUUCGUUGCCGGGAUGCUCCAAGGACUUCAGGGGUCCGGGGCGAGCGAGCCCGCCCGGAGUCGUGAGACGGGAAGAGGAUAGCAGGCAAAAGAAGCUGGGAUCUUUCACCAGUUUGUUCAACAGGAGCCUCUUUGCCAUGAAAGUGAAAGACAGUCGCUCAGUGGAGCAGCGGGAUGCUGGAUGGAAGCUGUUUGGCAAGGUGCCACCACGCGAGGUGCCCAUCAAGGACCCGAAAAGAAUACAGAAGGAAUAUGAAACAAAGACUGGCAGAGGUGGAGCCUGCAAUCCGACGUCUCCCGGGCAGAAUGUGAGGAAAAACCUGGACUUUGAGCCUCUCUCCACCACGGCUCUCAUACUGGAGGACAGACCUGCUAAUCUUCCAGCCAAGCCGGCCGAGGAGGCAGAGAAACACAGGCAACAAUAUGAAGAGAUGGUGGCCCAGGCCAAGAAGAGAGAGCUGAAGGAGGCCCAGAAGAGGAAGAAGCAGCUGGAGGAGCGCUGCAAGCUGGAGGAGAGCAUCGGCUCAGCUGCUCAGACGUGGAACCAGGAGGUCUUGCCCAACUGGAGCGCCAUGUGCACGUCUCGACGGGUGAGGGACCUGUGGUGGCAGGGCAUCCCGCCCAGCGUCAGAGGCAAAGUGUGGAGCCUGGCUGUGGGCAAUGAACUCAACAUCACACAUGAGCUUUACAAUAUCUGCCUGGCGCGGGCGAAAGAAAAGUGGAGGAGCACACCAGCCGGCGCAGCAGAGGCCGAAAGCCAAGAUGCGGACUCGUCCGAUCGGGAGUCGAGCUUGGAGCUGAUCAAGCUGGACAUCUCCAGAACAUUCCCCCAGUUGUGCAUCUUCCAGAAGGGCGGGCCCUAUCACGACGUGCUGCACAGCAUUCUGGGAGCUUACACUUGCUACCGGCCGGACGUCGGCUACGUGCAGGGAAUGUCGUUCAUCGCCGCGGUGCUCAUCCUGAACCUGGACACGGCCGACGCCUUCAUCGCGUUCGCCAACCUGCUCAACAAACCUUGUCAGAUGGCCUUCUUCAGAGUGGACCACAGCCUUAUGUUGACGUACUUUGCUGCAUUCGAGGUGUUCUUUGAAGAAAACCUACCAAAGCUCUUUGCACAUUUCAAGAAGAACAACCUGACUCCUGAUAUUUAUUUGAUCGACUGGAUCUUCACCCUGUACAGUAAGUCUGUGCCGCUGGACCUGGCGUCGCGCGUGUGGGACGUCUUCUGCCGAGACGGCGAAGAGUUCCUGUUCCGCACGGCGCUGGGCCUGCUGCGCCUCUUCCAGGACGUGCUGACCCGCAUGGACUUCAUCCACAUGGCCCAGUUCCUCACCCGCCUGCCCGAACUCAUCCUCGCCGAGCAGCUCUUCCAGCACAUCGCCGCCGUCCACAUGACCAGCCGCAACAGGAAGUGGGCGCUGGUUCUGCAGACGUUACAGAAAGAUCAAGAGCGAGGAAGUCCGGUGCUGAAGCGCUGACGUCCGGAGGAAAGGAAUUCGGGGGGGGGGGGGAGUCCGGUUUGAGCUAGUGUUCUCACUCGCGAUCAGAACCGGGAUCCAGGACCGUGAGUAAUGGAGCAGGGGUGCCUUAUUUAAUGAACUUCCCAGCAGAAGACCGACAACACACUCCGGGACCCCAUGGGACCACCCAGAUGCCAGUUAUCACGUCCAAUUUGUCACUCACUUCUCGUGAACAGCUGUUUUGUUUUGUUUUGUUCCCCCCCCCAAGGUGACUCCCUGAAAGCCUCGUCUGGAGGCGAUUGUUGUUGUUCUCUAUGUUACAUGUCGACGUGCUGUCAUCCUCUGGAAAUCAGAUUCCAUCGGCCCCGAGGAUUGCUGCUUUAAACACUACCCACGAAGACUGAGCCCCAGAAUCUUUCGGUCCUAUUAUGUGACUGACAACCGAUGCCCCAUAAUGGGAGUCAU